AUGGGUGAACCAACUAUUACAACGCGUGCUGGGCUCGGCGACGUCGCCGAUUUGAUCGCGGGACUGAGCAUUGUCGAUCACCCUCAAGUCCACAGCCGCUCCCGCCUAUCCCAGUCAACACUCACAAAAGCGAUAAAUAAUCUCAAUCACGUCGCAACAGCCACAUGCCUGCAGGGAAAAGAGGUCCUUGCUUCAGCUAGUGAUACCCACAUUGCUAGUAGCGGAGCUGUGGCAGAAAUCUGCUCGCUGCGCAGGAGAGCCAACGAGCUUGCGAAUGCUGCCAACGCCCUUAGCGAUGCAACGGAGCGAUCAAUCAUCGAACGCGUUAGCUUGCUUGGAGGACAACGGGAACCUCGCACAAAAGAACUUCUAAACCAUUUCGACGAGCGAAUUAGGGUCAUUGUCCGGGAUGUCCUCAACAGCUCCAAUGAUGGGGCUUGUGUGUUAUGGAAGACUGCGGAAGAGUGUUAUAACCAAGCCAUUAGUCCUUCCGGUAAACUGCAGUCCGACGACUACUUCGUCCCACUAGAGGAAGCAUGUCUUGAAUGGCCCUACGACCCGGAUUUCGAGAGCGAGGAAUACUAUGACCACGAAAAUCGUCUAGAUGUCGACGAACGCUACGCCGAGGCUUGGGGCAGAAAUAUGGAACUAAACGAAGCCCGCAAGACCAGAAAAAGGCAAGGACAAAGGCAAAGUUGGGUCGACUUUUGGGUUCGAGCAUUGAACCACUGCCCGGGUGGCCCGACACUGUUCUACCCACCAGGUGCUUCUUCUGCCGCAAGAUCUAUAGAGUGGCCAUUCAACGAUAUUCAACGGUAUCUUUUCCGGGCCUUCGACUCGAAAAGCUCUGGUAGAAACGAUGACAACGUCGUGGCUUCAACUAUGAGCAAGUUUGGCACCCCAGAGCGCAGUAAGAUUGAUAUUUUGUCGCUGGGAACACAUAACGCGUCGGAAAUGCUCUAUAAGCACCUAAACAAAGGCUGUUUCAACGGAGAAGCAUCCGACAAUCUCAUGUCUUGGAGCAGCUCUCUGAUGUUUGUGAUUCAAUAUGCGAUUUGGAGGUCCCAUAUCGGCAAUCUCUCCCCAACUGAGGUUCGUAUUUGUGCAAUAGAUACAAGCAUGUUUCCACCCGGACAAUUUGCACGAGAUAUGUCGCUACUCAAAGCAUACCACAAUACGGGAUUGAGCGAGGAUCAGGAAAGAUUUUUCCGUUUUCGUCUUGGGAAUUCAGAAUACGAUAAUGGAGAAUACCUUUCUCAGGGAUUAGUCAAUCAUGGCGGCCGAUCAUGCACUUUCUCGUUGCAAGACUUGGUAGAAGCUGGACUCUAUGAGUUAUAUCCUGAGUUUGGAGAUGCCCAAGCCAGGGGGAAAUGGACGAACCGAGUGCGAGACCUUCGCGUUUGCUGGGACAAUGAGCAGAAAACGACCUUGCAAGACAUACUCCAUGCGUUCAACAUGGCAAGGGAAUGCUUUGGGCCAUUUGAUGCGCCUGAUAUGGCGCUGCUGCUUCUGACUUUUAAGAACCGCAAGCUUCGAACGACAGCACUCCAGAGUGAUCCGAGACACGCUGAUACUUCCGGGCCAGUCGAAGUUUGUCGAUAUGUGAAGGCGGCCAGAGCAAUGGCACGAAGUAAUCAGAAUUCGAGCCUGUGGGCUUCAGGCGCCCUUAAGCGACUGUUUCGUUCGUACAACACGGAAGCGGUUCAAGGAAUUUUUGAAUGUAUUUGA